AGCUUAACCAUAAUGUUGAAAAUGUUCCAGAACAUCUGCAAGGUGCGGGGAUGGAAGAAGGGCGAUCCACAAUACGAGAAAACUAAGACCGUACUCAAUAAUGUGUGGAUUGGUUUACAGGCAAAGGCCGAUGCUGACAAUGAUCAACAGGUGACGAAUGAGGAGUGGUGCAAAAUGUGGGAAGAAUAUUCGCGCAACCCCAAUAGUGUACUUGACUGGCAACUACAAUUUCGUGACUUCAUGUUUGAUCUUGAAGACACAUCAGUGUUGCCGUUACAACAGGCUGAGGGCGAACCUGCCCCUCCCGAGCAGGCAGUGCGGCUGGCCAGGAUCGACCAUCAGCUCUCUCCAACCACUGUGAUUGAAGCUGUUUGGAUCAAGCACGCUAUGUGGAACUUCUUCCAAAAGAUCCGUAAUUUGUGUAUGACUACUACAAUGGACGAUUUAAAACUGAAAGGGCUGUAG